AAACACCAUAACUAGGGUUUCAGAUGCUGCAAACUGAAGAACCCUAACGGCCUACCCUUCUGCUCAUCCAUUUCCAAGCGGCAAUCAUGAUCAUCACUGAGAAGAAUCGUAAAGCCAUCUCCAAAUACCUUUUCCAAGAGGGUGUUUGCUAUGCUAAGAAGGAUUACAAUUUGGCGAAGCAUCCAGAGAUCGAUGUGCCGAAUCUGCAGGUGAUUAAGCUUAUGCAGAGCUUUAAAUCGAAGGAGUAUGUUCGCGAGACAUUUGCUUGGAUGCACUACUACUGGUAUCUCACUAACGAUGGGAUUGAGUUCCUAAGGACUUACUUGAACCUUCCAUCUGACAUCGUUCCUGCUACUUUGAAGAAGUCGGCUAAGCCUCUUGGACGUCCCAUGGGCGGACCUCCAGGCGACCGCCCUCGUGGCCCUCCUAGAUUUGAAGGAGAUAGACCGAGAUUUGGUGACAGGGAUGGGUAUCGUGGUGGUCCUAGAGGCCCUCCCGGCGAAUUUGGCGGUGAAAAGGGUGGAGCUCCAGCUGAUUACCAGCCUGCUUUUAACAGGGGUGCUGGUGGAAGGCCCAGCUUUGGACGUGGAGGUGGUGGCUUUGGAGGUGGUGCCCCACCUAGCUCAAGUUUCUCUUAAACAUUACGGUGGUAGUAGUUUUUGUUUGAUUAAUUUUGAAAUGCCAGGAUUAGCCGAAUGCUACUGUUACAGCACCUGAGUUAUGUGAUCCGAUAAUGAUUUUGUUGAAAUUCUGGAUUUUGUUGAAGUUCUGAUCAGAUUGUCCUUCAAGUUUCAUUAUAUUUUGAACUAAUAUGUAUCCAAUAUAUGUUCCAUGCCAUGGUCAAUUCGUAAGCUUUUUUCU